AUGGCUGAAGAAAAUACGUUUUUCAACUUCUCCAAGGAGGAGGAAAAGGUUAUCGAACAGUGGGACAAGGUCGACGCGUUCAAAAGAACGCUUGACUUGACCAAAGACCUCCCGCCUUUCGCCUUUUUCGAUGGUCCUCCAUUUGCAACCGGUACUCCUCAUUACGGUCAUAUCUUGGCCUCUACCGUUAAGGAUAUCAUUCCUCGUUAUGCUACCAUGAACGGUCACCACGUCGAGAGACGUUUCGGUUGGGACACCCACGGAUUGCCAGUUGAGCACGAGAUUGACAAAAAAUUGGGUAUCACCGGUAAAGACGAUGUCAUGAACAUGGGUAUCGAUAAGUACAAUGCUGAAUGUCGUUCCAUUGUCAUGAGAUACGCUGAUGAGUGGAGACAGACCAUCCGUCGUUUGGGUCGUUGGAUCGAUAUGGACAACGAUUACAAGACUUUGUACCCAGAGUUCAUGGAAUCUGUCUGGUGGGCCUUCAAGGAAUUGUUCCAGAAAGAUGCUGUCUACAGAGGCUUGAGAGUCAUGCCAUAUUCUACUGGAUGUACUACUCCUUUGUCUAACUUCGAAGCUCAGCAGAACUAUAAGGACGUUAACGACCCAGCUCUUACCAUUGGUUUCCCUUUGGUCGAUGAUGAGAACACUUGGUUGGUUGCAUGGACCACUACCCCAUGGACUUUGCCUUCUAACAUCGCUCUUGCUGUUCAUCCUGACUUCGAUUACGUUAAGAUUUUCGAUGAGGAGAAACAGAGAACCUACAUUUUGUUGGAGCAGUUGAUCAAGACCUUGUACAAGAAGCCAGCUGCUGCCAAGUACAAGGUUGUCGGAAAGGUUAAGGGUAAGGACUUGGCAGGUCUCAAGUAUAAGCCAAUCUUUGAUUACUUCUACGACUCUUUCAAGGAUCACGGCUUCAGAGUCAUCUUAGCUGACUAUGUUACUGACGACUCUGGUACUGGUAUUGUUCACCAGUCUCCAGCUUUUGGUGAAGCCGAUUUUGCUGCUGCUACUGAAGCUGGUAUCAUCAACGAAAAGCGUACUCCACCAAACCCUGUGGAUGACAACGGUAAGUUCACUGACGCCGUGAGCGACUUCGCUGGUAUUUACGUCAAGGAUGCCGACAAGUUGAUCAUCAAGAAGUUGACUGAGAACGGUAGAAUCUUGCUUGCCACUCAAAUCAAUCACUCGUACCCAUUCUGUUGGAGAUCUGAUACUCCUUUGUUGUACAGAACUGUCCCAGCUUGGUUCGUUCGUGUCACUGAUGUCAUUCCACAAAUGUUGCUGAAUGUGGAGAAGACUAACUGGGUUCCUUCCAAUAUUAAGGAAAAGAGAUUCUCUAACUGGAUCUCUAACGCUAGAGACUGGAACAUUUCCAGAAAUAGAUAUUGGGGUACUCCAAUCCCAUUGUGGGUGAGUGAUGACUUCGAGGAAGUCGUCUGCGUGGGCUCCAUUGAGGAAUUGAAGAAAUUGUCCGGCCGUGAUGACAUUACUGACAUCCACAGAGAAAGCAUUGACAACAUUACUAUUCCUUCCAGUAAAGGUAAGGGUAACUUGAAGAGAAUUGAAGAAGUCUUCGAUUGUUGGUUCGAGUCUGGUUCUAUGCCUUAUGCUUCUAAGCACUACCCAUUCGAGAAGAAGGAGUCUUUCCACGAUGCAUUCCCAGCUAACUUCAUCUCAGAGGGUUUGGACCAAACUAGAGGUUGGUUCUACACCCUUACUGUUUUGGGUACUCACUUGUUUAACACUGCACCAUACCAAAACGUCAUUGUCUCUGGUAUCGUUCUUGCCAGUGACGGUAAGAAGAUGUCUAAGCGUUUGAAGAACUACCCUGAUCCAAGCAUUGUGUUGCAGAAGUAUGGUGCCGAUGCUUUGAGAUUGUACUUGAUCAACUCUCCUGUGUUGAGAGCUGAGACUUUGAAAUUCAAGGAAGAGGGUGUCAGAGAAGUCGUCUCCUCUGUCUUGUUGCCAUGGUACAACUCUUUCAAGUUCUUGAAGGACUCCGCUGAAGUUUACAAGAAGGAGAACGGUCACGAUUUUGUUUACGACUCUUCUUUGACCUCUUCUAACGUCAUGGACAAAUGGUUGUUGGCUUCUAUUCAGUCUUUGGUUAAGUUCAUUCACGAGGAAAUGAGAAGCUACAGAUUGUACACUGUUGUUCCUAAGUUGUUGGCAUUGAUCGACAACUUGACUAACUGGUACAUCAGAUUCAACCGUCGUCGUAUCAAGGGUUACAGUGGUGACGGCUUGGAGGACACUAGAAAGGCUCUCAACACUUUGGCUGAGGCUUUGUUCAUCUUGUCUAGACUCAUGGCUCCAUUCACUCCUUUCUUGGCUGAUGGUAUUUACCAGAGAUUGAAGCCUUUCUUCUCCACUCAGGACUUGGAGAACUUCUCCGUUAACCCUAAGAUCAAGGACACUGGAUCUGUUCAUUUCUUGGCCUACCCAGAAGUGAGGGAAGAAUUGUUCGACUCCGAAAUUGAGGUUGCCGUCUCGAGAAUGCAGAAGGUUAUCGACUUGGGAAGAAACAUUAGAGAGAAGAAGAUGAUCUCUUUGAAGACACCAUUGAAGGAGUUGGUCAUUUUGCAUUCUGACGCUUCCUACUUGAAGGAUAUUGAGUCUUUGAAGGGCUACAUUCUUGAGGAAUUGAACGUCAGAAAUAUCGUUAUCACUGACGAUGAGUCUGCCUACGGUGUGGAAUACAAGGCUGUCGCUGACUGGCCAGUUCUUGGUAAGAAGUUGAAGAAGGACGCUAAGAAGGUUAAGGCUGCUUUGCCUAACGUUUCCUCUGAGGACGUCAAGAAGUUCUCUGAGACCGGUAAGCUUACCGUUGAUGGUAUUGAUUUGGUUUCUGAGGACUUGCAGGUCCAGAGAGGUUUGCCAGAGAAAGAAUCAUCAUCUGGCCAUGAAUCCAGAUCUGACAGAGAUGUCUUGAUCAUCUUGGACACCAACGCUUAUGCUGAAUUGCAAAGUGAAGGUUUGGCUAGAGAGUUGAUCAACCGUAUCCAGAGAUUGCGUAAGAAGGCUGGCUUGAACGCUACCGAUGACGUGAACGUUGAGUACGAGUUGGUCAAGGACACCAUCAACUUCGAUGAUGUCAUCAAGGUUAACGGCGAAAUGUUGCAGAAAUGCUCCCACAGCCCAUUGGCUUCUUUCACGAAUGCAUCUGAGGAGUCGGUCAUCAUCAAUGAGGAGCAGAACAUUAACGAUACUGUCUUCAACUUGAGGUUGUUGAAGCUUUAA